AUGAACAGUCAGUACAAAGUGUUCUCGUGUUCCACUCAUUCAGAUGGUUUCUACAGGUACGGCUUCAGCAGCCGAUCCUUGGGCUCGCUUCCUCGUAGCCUGUGGAGGGACAAACCCCGCCAGGCUGUCCCGUACAUGUCCAUGCUUGGGGGUCCCAUCAGGCCUGUGAUGGUGGAUGAGAGUCUGCUGGCCCCGCUGCACCUGGAGCUGGACCCCAAUCUGCAUGCUGUCAAGGUGCAAGAGAAGGAACAGAUCAAGGGCCUCAACAAUCAAUUUGCCUCCUUCAUUGAUGAGGUGCGUCACCUGGUGCAGCAGAACAAGAUGCUGGAGACAAAGUGGCAGCUGCUGCAGGAUGAAACUCAGGCUGCAUCACCGCUGGAGCCCAUAAUGAAGUCCUACAUCACCAACCUGCAGGCACAGCUGCACAGUCUGGAGAGGAACAAAGAUCACUGCGACUCUGAGCUCCAGCGCACCCUCAUGCUGGUGGAAGUGAGCAAACGGAGGUAUGAAGAUGAGAUCAACUUGAGAAACUCAACAGAAAAUGACUUUGUACUUGUCGGACAGGAUGCUGAUGUUGGUUACUUGACCGAAUCUUCUCUGUGCCGUGAAGUAGCUAGCCUUGAGGAUGAACUGCACUUCCUCAAGACUGUACAUGAACAGGAGCUGUAUGAGCUGAAGGUAGAGCUGCAAGAUACGUUUGUGGUGGUUCAGAUUGAUAAUGGCAGGGAGCUGAACAUGGAGCAGAUCGUGGCUGAAGUGAAGAGCCAGUAUGAAGGGGUGACAGCAUGCAGCCACCAGGAAGUCGAAGUUUGGUACAAGAAGAAGCUUGAACUGGUUUCAUCACAGGUGGAGGAGCAUACAUUUGAGAGAUGCAAAAAUGAGCAUGAGAUCUCACAACUCGAAAGACACAUCACAUGCCUACAGGCAGACAUCAGUUCUGCCAAAACGCAGUGUGAGAGCAUGGAUAGGCGGGUCACGGAGGCGGAGCAAAAAGGCAAGAAGGAUGUAGGUGAGGCUCAGCAAGAAAUCGAAAGGGUGAAGGAGAAACUACAGGAUUUAAAGCUGGAAAUGGCACAGCUGGUCCGCACAUACCAGGAACUGAUGAAUGUCAAAAUGGCACUGGACAUUGAGAUCGCCACCUACGGGACACUGCUGAAAGAAGAAGAGAACCGAAUUGCAUAUGAACCUGACAUGUUUGUCCAGUUGGUCCAAAAACCUGGGCAAGCCAUGCCUCACAAACCUGCCACUCCUAAGGUUUACAUUAAAAUGACUGAGAUUAGGGACUUCAUGUUAUACUCCAGUGAAGAUUAA